GUCCCAUUGCCGGUGUCCCUGUGCCAGUGUCCCACUCCCGCUGUCCCUGUCCCGUUCCCGGUCCCCCCUCCCCUUGCCGGCCCGGGCCAUGGCCCCGGCCGUUCCCCUGUGCCGGGCGGGGCCGCCCCGUCCCCGGCCCUGGGCGGCCCGGCGCGGUCUCGCCCUCGCCCGGCUCCCGGCGCGCCGGCUGUGGCGCUGCUGGGCGCUCCUGUGGGGCUGGCUGUGGGACGGGCUCGGCCUCGCCGCCCCUUGGCUCCGCCUGGCUCGAGCCCGGCGCCUGCCGGGGCCGGCGGGGGCCGCGGGCGCCGCGGCCGCUGCCGCCUCCUCGGCGGCUUCCCCGGCCAGAGCUCCGCCGCUCGCCAGCCCGGCCGCCGGCAGCGAGCCGCCGCUGCCCGCUGCGGCUGGGGAAGCCCGGCCCGGGCCGCUUGAGGGGCGCUCGGGGGCCGUGCCGGGCCCCGGCCCCAACGCUGACGGCCACGUCUCGCCCGCACCGAAGGCCAAGGAGCCGCUGCACGAGCGCUACCGGCUGCAUUCGCUGCUGGGCAGCGGCGGCUUCGGCCGCGUCUACGCGGGGACCUGCCUGGCGGACGGAGCCCCGGUGAGUGCAGCAGGAGGAGGAGGAGGAGGAGGAGGAGGAGGGCGGGACGGGCGGCGAGCUCAACCCGCCCUUCCCCUCGGCUUGCAGGUGGCCAUCAAAGCCGUGUCCCGGGAUGGCAUCCGGCGCUGGGGCGAGCUGCCUGACGGCACCCGGGCCCCCCUGGAGAUCGUGCUGCUGGACAAGGUGUCCAAUGGCUUCCCUGGUGUCAUCCAGCUCCUGGAGUGGUUCGAGCUCCCCAACGGGUUCCUGUUGGUGAUGGAGCAUCCGGAGCCGUCUCAGGACCUCUCUCGCUUACUGAGGGCGUGGGGGUUCCUGCCGGAGGAGAUGGCGUGGGGGCUGUUCCGCCAGGUGCUGCAGGCCGUGCGGCACUGCACCAGCUGCGGCGUCCUGCACCGGGACAUCAAGCCCCAGAACAUCCUCCUCCACCUGGCCACCGGCGAGGCCAAGCUCCUCGACUUUGGAUGUGGCACCUUCCUUAAGGACACGGUCUACACCCAGUUUGCAGGAACACUGUCAUACAGCCCGCCAGAGUGGAUCUACCUCAAGCGCUACCACGGCGAGGAGGCGACCAUCUGGUCCCUGGGCAUCCUGCUCUACCAGAUGGUCUGCGGGAAGCACCCUUUCCGCAAAGGCCCCAACACCAUCUGGGCCCAGCUCCCGUUCCCAGCACGGGUCUCUCCAGGUGGAUACCAAUCUUUGUGGCACGGGGGGAAUAACGGUGUUGGGAGAGGGCAGCGGGCUCACGAGGACGCCGCUCUUGAAGCUGUUUGUGUCCCAUGGGUGGCUGGAGGAGGUGGCCUGUGUCCUGCCAUCCUGCUCUCCUCCAAAAGGGAGAAUCGAUGGAGAAGUUUGGGCACAGCUCUGAGCACAGCCAGCACAGCCUGGGCACGUGGACAGUGGGACAGAGGGGACAGGAUCCUUCUCCAACUGACCGGCCAUUUUCCCCCCAGGCUGCCAGCACCUUAUCAGGUGGUGUUUGUCCAUCCGCCCCUCGGACAGGCCAGCACUGGAAGACCUGUUGUGCCAUCCUUGGGUGCAGGGCAUUCCCCUGCCCUAGAAGACGGGAGAGAUCCACGUGCUCCCUUUGAUCCCGGGGCCUGGCAGACAGCUGGGCCCUCAGCAGAACGCUGACAGCCUGGUCUGGCCCCCAGGGAAGGAGAAGGGGCCUCUGGAGAAGCUGUGCCGGGUGGGCCUGCUGCUGGAGACAUCGAGGACGACGUCAGGGAUGACAAGCUCUCAGUUGACCUGGACGCCGGCGAGCUGAAGAGGAUGGACUUUGAUUCUGGCCCCUUCCUCCAAGCCGUGCUCCACACGCCGUUUGCAGAUGAGUCCACACCCAGGGGGUGCUCCCGGACACGGGCAUUGCUCAGCCUGGCUGGGCACCGAAGGUUCCCCCUUUGCUGAUGGGGAACCUGAGGAAUUCUUCAGCCGGCUGCCAAGCUGCUUCUUGGCAGGAGGGCGGGCGGGUGCUCUGGGCUGGCUGUGAAAUGGGAGCCCGGCUCUGCCCCCAGCCUCUGCCACUGCCCCUUUGCUGGGCGGGGCUGGGGCAGGGGCAGCCAGCCUGCCAAAAACAAACCCCCGUGGGGGGAGCAAAGGCAGGGCUGCAGAACACCAGCUGCUUUGGGCUGCAGGCCAGGAAAGGCUUGGGCUGCCUUGGCUUAGGAGCCUUUCUUUGGGCCAGUGCAGCAGGGCAGGGAGAAGGCCUGGGUUUUCCUGAGCUGGAGGAGGUGGGGUUUUCCUUUGGCCUGCAGGGCUUGGGCCUUCCUCAGAACCCUGACAGAAGGUUAACAUUUUACCUUUUUUUCUUGUUUCCACUUUUGGUUUGUAAUCUCUGUUCAUGAAUUUGUUGUUUGUUUUCCAGGGAAGAGUUGGAGCUGGUGCCCAGUCCGGGUUGGGAAGGGCUGGGACCAUCCCUGGAGAGGAUCUGACGUCCCCUCUGAGAAGGCUGAGGACAUCCUUUGGGACACGCUCUUCUUGCGGCAGCAGAUCUUGGGAGGUAGAUGCUCAUCUUGCCCAUCUUGUCAGCAGGAGUGGGAUAAUGGCUUUGGGGAGAUGGCAGCAGGCACAUGAACAUCCCGCUCUUGCAGCUGCUGAGGAGGUUGAUCUCCUGGGCUUGGCUGGAGGAGGUGGCACCUGUGUUGAGUAAUUGCUGAAAUCCAAUCGAUCUGGGAUGACCCCAAAUGACAGUUUAGUUUUCAGCUUGCUCGAGCUGUAUCUCAGCAGCUUUUGGGUAUCAUUUUUGGCCCCCAGACAGGACACCUCUGCCUGAUCUCCCGCGGAUCCGAGGGAUCUCUGGAUCUUCACGCCAGCACCAGGACUUUGCUGCAGAAGAGCACAGAUCCCCAGCCCAGUCUGGGACACAGAACGUGUGAAAGGGCAGAAAGAUUGUGGUGUGAAUGCAGCGCCCUCAGAGCCCUUGGUGUGAGCCCGGAAAGGAAAAUCAAGCUGAGGGACAAGAUCAGUCUAAUUUGGGGACAUUGUUGGAGGUUGGAGUUGCAGUUCUGGAAGAAAUCCCUGAGGAAAUGGUGCCCCCGGGGAGAGGAAGAGGAUGAGAGCGUGGGCAGCCUGCUUCAAACAUCCCCCCAGGAGACUUGGGAUCAGUCCCUGUGCAUCCUGUAAGAAAGAUGGACACUGGAAAUGGGAUUGUCCGCAACUGAAACUUCAGAACCCUCCGAACCCUCUCGUGGCAUCACUGAAGACGACUGAGGGGGCACCAGAGGAUUCUUCCCCAUCAGAACAUCUGGUUCCAGCCAAGCUAAGCACAAUUGUUUGUGGCUGUGGGAACUUGUUCCUCUGUGUUAAAUCCAGGGAAAUGAAACUCAAGGGACAAUUCUAGAACAAUUGUCUGGUGUGCCAGGGAAUUGGGAAACUGGGCCAUUUUUAAUGCUGUGGCUUUGAAAUUGGGAAAACAGUGGUUGGCUCCCCAGUUUUUGUAUUUCCCCAAUUCCCCAAAGCCUCUGCUUGGGAGAGAUCUCUUGGCAAAAUGAAAUGCCACAAUCCAAUUGAAAAAUGGUCCAAUAUAGGUUAUUAUUGCAGAGCCUAAUUCUGUGCAAGUUUCUAGUUUUGCAUGAGAGUCUCCCAAAGCAGAAGUAAUCCAUCUGCCACCAUCACUUGGGGAUGCAGUGGUUCCAACAGGAUGGGCUGGAGAGGUGCCUCCAUGAUCCAAGAGAGCAGAACCCGUGAGAAUUCCAGAGAAACCUGGAGUGGGGUUGGUGAGGCCAAAGCAAUGUCCUUUGCAAAUAGAAAGUUGUAAGGGAUUCUCACCCUUUGUAGAACAAUUGAUGAAAUUUUGCUUGUGAAAAGAAUGUGAAUCUAAAUGGAAUGCUCCAGUUUUGCCAGUCAAGCAGGCAAAUGGAAGGCUAUGCCAGUUAGUCCAAGACCUUAGAGCUGUAAAGAACAGAGUAGAAGAUAUACAAGCAGUCAUAGUGAAUCCUUACACUUUGCUAACUCCCCUAAAUGAAAGUUUAAUAUGUUUCACAGGAUUAGAUUGGAAAGCUGCCUUUUUGUGUCUCCCUUUGAGUUGGGAAAGUCAAGAGCUUUUUGCUUUCCAAUGGGAAAAUGCAAAGCCGGGGAGGAAAACCCAUCUGACUUUGGUGGUCCUCUUGCAGGGGUUUAAAAAUAGCCCCCCAAUAUCUGGAACUCAAUUGGCAAAGGGACUGGAGGAAUGGAGAAGUCCAAACCCACCCUCUUGGAGCCUUAUUGCAGUGUGGGGAUGAUCUUUUGAUGCCACUGAUGCUGAGCAGCAACGUUGGGGUCAGACUGUGGCCCUGUGGAAUUUCCUUGGGCUGAGUGGAUAUGGGGUAUCCCAAACACAAAGUGCAAGUAGUCCAGAGCCCAGGAGCCUCCGUGGGCUUUGGAAUUCUCCAAGGACAAGGGAGGCUGGGCCAGGAAGGAAAGAAGCAACCUGUCAACUGCCCCAGCCCCAGCAAAGGAAGCCCAGAGCGGGAUUGCUUCCAGACUAGAGGAGAAGUGUAUUGGGGCAGAGCUGACUUAGGAGACAGCCCCUUGGAAAGUCCUGGUUGGGAAUUGUUUCCCAGUGGGGGCAGCUUUGUCCGGCAUGGAAAACAAUUCUCUGGAUGCACAGAACUCCCCACCACCAGGGCAGAGAUCCUGACAGAGAUCCUUCUCCCAGUAGAAGAAAAUGAGUCUAGUGCUAAGGAUUGUCAACUCCUUGAAACAGUAGAGCAAACUUUGCUCCAGGAGGCUGGGCAGUUCCCCCAAGUGGGCAAAUAAUAGUCCCUGAGCCAAUCUCCUGUGACCUGGUGGAUGGGGAACAUGAGGGGAUUCCUUGGAGUGAAGCAAAGUAUUGAAACAUUUGCCCAAGUGGGUUCUUGGUCCAAAACUGACCCCAGUUGUACAAGCAGUGAGUCAGCAGUGUGGUGUGUGGAAGAGAAAUAAUCCAAACCCUGCCACUGGAGUGGGAACAGGUGAUGGAAAAUGCAGAAAUGCUGCAGGUGAAUGUUGGCAGAUGGAUGUGACUGAAUUGCCCAGAAAAGGGGGGUGUAAAGAUCUCCUGGUCUUGGGGGAUACCUUCUCUGGGUGGCCAGAGGCUGUUCCUUGUUGCACUAAGCAGGUUGGGAAAGAGACUGCAAUCCUGUUCAGUGCAAUCCUCCCUGUAUUUGGGAUGCCUUUGGGAAUGUCAUCAGACAGAGGUUCCCACUUGACUGCAGAAACAAAAUGCUUCACUCUUGUUUUGCUCUUCUGACAACAGUUCAAACACUGUUGACGUGGGAGGAAAAUUUACAUGUCUUUUUAGUGCCAAAGGUGAUCCAAGUGUUGCCCACAAGUGUCUGUAUUAAGUAAGCAAGACUCUGUAAGGAAUCUGGAAACUGUGUGUGUAAUGUAAAGCCCUGUGUGGCUGUCACUGAAGUGCUGAGGCUGAACAACAGCCCCUGAGCCAAAGCUGAGCUCUAGAUGAACCUUCCAACCUAAUGGGCUGUGUCUCCAUGUAUCUGCUCCUGAGCUAAAACUGGGUCUAUUUGUUGGUACAAAUGUGGUGGGAUGGGACUCCACCUGUGUAUCUGCUCCUGAACCAAACAGGUGUGCUUCUUAGGAAGAUCUGUUAGUCUGGGCUCAUCAGUGAAUCCUGUUUGUAUCUGUUCCUUAACAAAAGAUGUCUGAUUGUGAGCAAAAUCUGAUCUUUCUCUUUCUGUAUCUGGAGAGUGGUGGAGGCCAUGGCAGUCGAUGUCUGGCCUUGUUUGGCAGUGGCUGGUGCAGGGGGAGCCUUAGUUUGAGAGAAGUAGAACAUUGCUCCCAAGAUUCUGCUCUGGCCAAAUAAGGAACAACAGAAUCUUAGAGAAGUCCUGGAGAAUUGGAUCAGGGCUGGAACUCAAGCAAACAGGAUGUGAGCUGAGCUCUGGGGACCCAGAGAAGAUCAAACCAAACAUGACGGUCUCUGUGGGGAAAAGCAGUGAUGCUGAGAACCGAGGUCAAGAAGCAGACACCUGAGCUUUGGGGGGCACCAGAUGCCAAAAAACCCACCAGAGACCCCCAGAGAAGACCCCAAAUGACCAAGUAGGGACUUGCAAUAGGGGUGUGACUGUGUAAAGCACAGUAAUGGACAUGUGUUCAGUAAGGGGGAAUAUCCAAUGCCUCUGGAAUCAGUGGGUGUAAUCCCAAGCCCUGCCUGUGUCCCUGAGCAGGCUGGAUUAGAAGAACUCUCCUGCAGGCGUCCAGCACGCUGCCCUAAAGAAUGCCUGCUUCUUAACACCUCCCAGCUGGGGUUAAGGACUUGCUUUCUGCUGCUUUGGGGCACCAUUUCUGGCCCCAGAUGGGACCCUCUGCCUGAUCUCCCGUGGAUCCGAGGGAUCUCUGGAUCUUCACGCCGGCCCCAGGACUUUCCUGGAGAAGACCACAGAUCCCCGGACUGGUCUGGGAUGGGGGAAGAUCCCACUGGCUAAUAAGGCAUUCUUUUGGGGAAUCCUGUCCCUCUAAGACGUGUGGAUCUUCCAGCUCUUUGGGUGGGUUAUUUGGUGUUCCCCCAUUUGGUCUCUGGCUUUGUUUUCUCCACUGAUCCUUGUUUUGUGUUUGUAUUUGUUUCUGCACUGUAACAUUUGCCCAAGUGGGUUUUUGGUCCAAAACUGACUCCAGCUGUACAAGCAGUGAGUCAGCAGUGUGGUGUGUGGUAGAGAAAUAAUCCAAACCCUGCCACUGGAGUGGGAACAGGUGAUGGAAAAUGUAGAAAUGCUGCAGGUGAAUGUUGGCAGAUGGAUGUGACUGAAUUGCCCAGAAAAGGAGGGUGUAAAGAUCUCCUAGUCUUGGGGGAUACCUUCUCUGGGUGGCCAGAGGCUGUUCCUUGUCACACCAACCGGGCUGGGGAAGUGAGUGGAAUACUGUUGAAUCCAAGAAUCCCUGGAUUCGAGGUACAUUUGGGAAUGUCAUCAGACAGAGGUGCCCACUUGAUUGUAGAAGUGGUACAACAAGUCAAAUCAGGGAUGCAUUAUUGCAGAAUUCCAAAGGCCAGAGCCCCUUGGGUAAUUGAGAGGUUGUCUGAGAAGAAACCAAAUGCUUAAGUCUGCUUUGGCUCUCCUGACAAUAGUUAAUUGGGUCUUGACUUGGGAGCAAAAUUUACAUCUCCUUUUAGUCUCAAACGUGACCCAAGUGUUGCCUCCAAGGGAUUGCUGGGUGUGCACUCCUUUACCUGAAAAGACAAGGAAGCCAUUCACCAUUUCUGCCUUCCCUGUUCUGGCAGAAAUGAUUCCUGGUCACUGGGUGAGCACUUGUGUUCCCCAAAAAGUAGACCCAGCAGUCAGUGUGCAAGUACCCCCCACCACCUCUGACAAUCCUGCCUGUGUCCAAAGCUGUGACCCCCACUAAAGGAACAGGACAAGUGGAUUGUGUUAAUGAGAGGGGCCCGUUUGUGGGAAAUCACCCCCAAUGUCCUCAAACCCUUCCUGCUGGGGAAAUGACUGAUCCUUGGCCGGUCCCCAAAGGAACAGGGUGGGAUUGGUGUGUGGAAAUAACACCUGGGAAGGGUUGCCCCAAAGCUGGAAGGGCAUUUGUAUUUCAGCUUGCAUCAGGAUUCAGUGCUGUAGCUGUUCUAAUGCCUUGAGCUGUAAAAUGAAAUAAAGCUCCUAAGACACUCUAUCCCUUCAGGAGCUUAGUCUGAAAAAAGGGGGAUUUGAUGUGGGAUAUAGAAGACUGCUCCCAACAUUUCUCUAUGGCCAAUCUUGGAGAGGUCCUGGAGAACUGGAUCAGGGAUGUAACUAAGCAAACAGGAUGGAAGCUGAGCUCUGUGGGCCCAGAGAAGAUCAAACCCAAACGUUCCAGUCUUUGUGGUGAAAGGUAAUGACACUGUGUCUGCUCAGAACCGAGGUCAAGAAAUGGACACCUCAACUUUGGGGGGCACCAGAUACCAAAAAACCCACCAGAGAGCCCUGAAGGAGACCCCAAAGGACCAACUAAGGACUUGCAAUAGGGGGGCUGACUGUGUAAAGCAAAGUAACAUCUAUGUCUUAAGUAAGGGAGAAUAUCUAAUGAAUCUGGAAACUGUGUGUGUCAUGUAAAGCCCUGUGUGGCUGUCACUGAAGUGCUGAGGCUGAACAACAGGCCCUGAGCCAAAGCUGAGCUCUAGAUGAACCUUCCAACCUAACAGUCUGUUUAUCCCUGUAUUUGCUCCUUAGCUAAAACUGUGUAUGUUUGUUGGUCAAAGAUGCAGUGUGGAAAGACUCCCCGUGUACCUGCCCCUGAACAAAAUAAAUGUGCUUCUUAGUGAGA